AGAAUAAAAGUCGUCUUCACGGACCGGCUCGUUUAUUUGUCCCCGUAAAUACCAAACCACCCCCAAACAAUUUGGAGGUAAAAACCCUAAAAUUCCUUUUAGAAACCUCGCAAAUGUGUGGAUUUUAAUUUCUCUUCCAACCGUUGGUGGGCGAUCUUGAAAGUGGAGUUAGAAGAGAGUUAGGAGGAGGAUAGAGAUUAGAGAAGGCCCUUGCCGCCACCUAACUCCGAAGAACAAGAUUGACAUCUAGUUCCACCCUCUCUUUCGCGCCAUAUAAGUGCCCGUUGGGGCUUCCACAACUCAUUCAGGGCUUCGAUUCCGAUCGCUUGAGCCUGAUUGUGAAAUAUUGAUGGUAGGAGAUGGAGAUGAUGUAAUAAGUUAGAUGUGUAGAUAGUUAUGAGAUUUAAUUUUGGCUACAGUGGUGACCUGUGUGUUGUCUGCAAUAGAGGCUUAUUAGGAGCUAAGCUGUUCUGUUUAAGAGGGUAAGAUGCCAUCUUCUUAUUUAUCGAAGCUUAGGACUGCAGUACAGAGAUCGAUUGUAGGCCAGGAAGGUGUUGUUCACGACUCGCUAGAGGGGCUAAUUGGGCAAGGCAAAUUGUUGUUUGGAAAUUCUAGGCUGUUCCAUUCGAGACCCUUUUCGGCUAUUUCAGACCUGAAUGCAUUUCUGCCGCCGGGCACUGUUGUCGCUGCAAGGUCGGAUUCGCAGUUAGUUAACCAGAGGACGCAGAUUUCUGUUGUUGGGGAGAUUUCGCGGAUCAUUUCAACUCCAUCUGUGUCGGGGCCUUCGUUCCAAGUUUGUGGGUAUCAUAUUGAUUCUGUGCUUUCAGAUCCCAGUCAGUUUCAGACUAAAGCCAUGGCUUUGUGCGGUUCUAGAGCUCUAGUUGGGGGGUGUUCCCCGGAUACUUUAACAUCAAGGCGUGGGCUGCUUUCGUUGUUAACUGAAAGUGCUUGUACAUUUUAUAACAACAGAAGUAAAAGUUCUGAUGGUUGCCAGAAAGCAAGCAUGAGUUUGAAGAACAAGGGGCCUCCCAACACUAAUGCAACUUAUGGAUAUUUCGUAUAUGAAGUUGGGAAGAGAUGGUGUAGUAACUUCCCAAUAAAUGGAUUAAGCUCGAGAGAAUUUCAUAAUUCUUCCACAUGCUUCUCUGCUGGGACUGCCCACGAUGUGUCUUUUGAUAAUUCUGCUCCUGAGGAGCAGCUUUCAAGUUCUACAGAUUCAUCAGAUCAGAAGAACACAGAUGCAAAGUCCUUAAAACUAAGUUCAGGAUCAUGCUACCUGCCCCAUCCUGAUAAAGAGGACACUGGCGGGGAGGAUGCUCACUUCAUAUGUGUGAAUGAACAAGCAAUAGGGGUGGCAGAUGGUGUUGGUGGCUGGGCAGAUCAUGGUGUUAACUCAGGAUUGUAUUCCCGAGAACUGAUGUCUAAUUCUGUAACAGCUGUUCAGGAGGAACCCAAAGGUUCAGUUGAUCCUGCUAGGGUGUUGGAGAAAGCUCACUCCAGCACAAAAGCCAGAGGUUCCUCAACAGCAUGCAUCAUAGCACUCACAGAACAGGGUAUACAUGCAAUUAAUUUAGGUGAUAGUGGGUUUAUAGUUGUUCGAGACGGGUGCACCAUCUUCAGAUCCCCUGUGCAGCAGCAUGAUUUCAAUUUCACUUAUCAACUGGAGAAUGGAGUCAACAGUGAUCUACCUAGCUCUGGCCAGGUUUUUACAGUUCCUGUUGCUCCUGGGGAUGUUAUAGUUGCUGGAACUGAUGGCCUGUUUGACAACUUGUAUAACAAUGAGAUUACUGCAGUUGUGGUUCAUGCCAUGAGAGCUGGAUUAGGGCCUCAGGUGACAGCUCAAAAGAUUGCAGCCUUGGCACGCCAACGAGCGCAGGACAGAGACCGGCAGACACCUUUCUCUACUGCUGCUCAAGAUGCUGGGUUCCGUUACUAUGGCGGCAAGCUCGAUGAUAUCACUGUUGUAGUUUCCUAUGUUACCAGUUCAAGCGAUGCAUGACUCCAGAUCAAACACUCUCAUAUGUACAUGCACACAUCUUAUUUUAAUUUCAUUUUCAUUACCCGACUCGGUGUUGGAGAAUCAAAGCAUUCUCUAUGACAGGCUUAUUGUAAAAGCAAAAUGGCAUCAGGCCUGAUUUUGUCUUGUCA